AUGUUUAGCAGUUAAACUCCCAAUGCGUUUAUACCGAAUGCUCAAUCCAGAUAUGUGAUAUCUCCAAGAAUAGGAUAAUCCAUGUAGGUUAAUCAGAAUUAGCAAUAUAAUCACUAACAACUAGAAUAAGAGAAUACUAAUUCAAAUUCAUCAGAACACUUGCAUCAUUUAACAAAGCUCUACUUUAUGAUGCUCCUAUGCUAUUUCAUUGCGUUGUUUAAUUUAAUUGAAUUUGAAUCGAUGAACUCAUUCUUUAAUCAGAAUGGAUAUUUUCUAUAUUUGUUUUUGGGAGCACUCCUAUUAAUAUCGAUGUUGUCUCUUAGCACAGAGAAUUCAUUGCUCUAUGCAUUAUUUGUUAUUCUAUUCUACUUUUUAUUUGCCUGCAUAAAAGCCGUGAAUAAUAUGAAUGUAGCUCUGAUGAUCAUAUUCACCUUUGGAGGAUAGGUGCUGGCUUAAUUUUUAAGCGUCCUAUCAGCAAAUAAUGAGAAGGAUCUGCAAUUGCAUCAACAAUCAUUAUACAUUUUAACAAGUGGCUUGAUUGUUUUCCAAUUAUUUAUCACUUGCUUUGACAUUGAUUUCUUUGAAAUGAUUAUCAUCCUCAUCACAGGGUUUAUUUUUGGAUUCUUUUUAGUUAUUUCGACUAUGAGUAAUGAAUCAAAAUUUGUUGGUAAUGCUUUGCCUGAAAGUGUGAGUAUCUAUACGAAAAUCUUGGUGUAGAUUCUAAAGAAAGCUUAACAAAUAGCUUUUCUUUACUACAAGGAUCCUGUGGAGGUAGAAAUCAAACUCAUUGAAAGAAAUAAGAAAAUUGAUGAAAAUGAUUAUAAAAUAAUGAAUCAGUCAGAUGCCAAGAAUUAUCAACAUUUAUUAAUAAAUACAUUGAAUGGUUUGGAUGGAUUGAUAGGAUUGAGUGAUGGCACCUUUAUUUAUAAGAAAGGGAUGGUUUAAUAUUCGAAUGCCAAAUUUGAAGAAUGUACAGAUGUGGCCAUAAUGAGAUUAUAAUGAUUAAUAUAUGAUUAUAACAUAAUUGUCUCC